CGUGGGAGGUGAGGGGGGUGGGGGGACGGAUGACUCACAGUGUUAUGAUGCAGUUCCACAACACACAGCUACAUUCACCCACAGACCGAGGUACAGACGAGCGACAACCUCUGGCCCCCCAGCAGCUGGCCAGCUUGGCAGCCCCAGUCUCGAGCCCCUAACUACCUUCCCCGCCCCCUCCCCUUCCCAACUGAAGGCGCGGAGAGAGAAGAGAGAAGAGCAGAGAGAUUGAGAGAGACAGAGAGAGAGAGACAGAGAGACAGAGAGAUAGACGGAGAUCUCUGGAGCAGACCUCAAGCAUCCGGCUUCACUGUUUAUUGUCCUGCUGCUGGUGCAGACCCCCAACGCCCGCCGGGGAGCUGGCUGCGCGGCUAAUUGUUUGGACCAUACCAUGCUGGGAAAGCCAGCCCGGGGAAGGGGGGCUCGAAGCCUCAGGGCAGAUGAGAAAAGCCACGGUGACUUCCGUUUCUACCUGGUUCACGUCUGGGGGGGGCCCUGGCCGGGCAGCCCCCCCACACUUCUCCUGCCCUGAAACACGGCUCUAGCCAACCUGCUCCGCUGCUUCACCUGCGACCGUCUGUGUGGGGGCUGCACGGCGCCAGCCCCUCCAGCCCGCCAGGGCAUUGUCCUGCAGCCCGCCAUGCCCAGCUGUGACCCUGGUCCGGGCCCUGCCUACCUCCCCACCAAGACAUUCCGCAGCUACCUGCCCCGCUGCCACCGCACUUACAGCUGCGUCCAUUGCCGUGCACACCUAGCCAAACACGACGAGCUUAUUUCCAAGUCCUUCCAAGGGAGCCAUGGCCGAGCCUACCUGUUUAACUCCGUGGUCAACGUGGGUUGUGGGCCAGCUGAACAGCGCCUCCUGCUCACAGGGCUACACUCGGUAGCGGAUAUUUUCUGCGAGAGCUGCAAAACCACCCUGGGCUGGAAAUAUGAACAAGCUUUUGAGACAAGCCAGAAGUACAAGGAGGGGAAGUACAUCAUUGAAAUGUCACACAUGGUGAAGGACAACGGCUGGGACUGAGGGGCUCAGGCAGGCUGUGCCCUUCCUCCGCAUGCCCACCCUCCCCACACCUGCCCUCUGGCCCUGCCAAGCAGUCCAUACCAGCAUGAGUACUGCCCCACCCCUGGGGGAACCCCACUCCCACCAACCCUUCCUCCUCCACCUCAUCACUCCCAGGCCCCUUUUGGAACAGGGGUCUGGGGUACCCCAGGGGUGUUCAAGGCUCAGAAGUGGGCAGCAGUCAGGGAAAGAACUGGGGGUAAGGGAUGGUUACAGGUCCUUCUAGCCCCAAGGGCUAUGAAGCUGGAGGUGAUCGUGGGGCUUAGAGGACUGUGGCAGGAUCCGUUUCUGCUGCCCCCACCACCCUAACGAGGCAUAGGGCUAAUAGGUCCCAGUCCACAGAAUAGAAGAUGUUUGAGUUGGAGUGAAAUUUUGGCCUCGGAUGCCAGAGAUACCAGAGUCUGUGAGGGUAAAGUUUCCCACUGCCCGCACUGUAGGAUGAUUUGGGAGUGGAAGGGAAAAUCCCAAAUCCCAGGCCCUGGGAAAUAAAAUCAGAGGUUUCCAUCUCACUCCACUUGUUUAUCUUGGCACUAAAGAGGCACUUUCGAGUAGCUAACCUUUGCCACUGGGUGGGGUAAGCAGAGCUGCCCCGGACAGCACCCACCCACAGCUGGCAGUUGCCAGAGCGAGCAGUCUUCACGGGCAUGGGCAUUCUCCAAGGCCCAGCCACUGCUCCCCGGCACGCAGUCCCUUGGAGGGGAGGUGGGAAAUCAGCGCUACGGGAGUCAAGCUUCCUCGUGGCUGCCACCAGCGAAUGAAACUUUUGUAUGAUACAUAAAGUGUUUGGGUCUAUUUUUUAAUAAAAAGGGGAAAAUCAA